UGAGCUCACGGUCACUGGUUAGGCUUCUUCUUCCAUCCAACUUGCAUUCUCUCCAUUCUCCCCGCGCAACGCCCAUACCAUGGAACAGCUCACUACCUCUAUUGCUCCUCCCCGUGCCAAUCCCAAGCCAAAUGUCACGAAUCCCUCGCAGCAGAGCGCGGGCAGUGUUGCGAAACGGCUGACUAGCGAGCUUAUGACUCUCAUGAUGUCCUCUUCACCAGGCAUUUCCGCAUUUCCUAAGAGUGAUGGGAAUCUCUUCGAGUGGGUAGGAACGAUCGAUGGCGCCCCAGAAACUAUCUACGCCGGCCUUUCCUUCCGUAUUUCCAUUUCCUUCCCCCCGAAUUAUCCAUACGUUGCUCCUGCGAUCAAAUUCGACACGCCGUGUUACCACCCCAAUGUUGACAUUAAUUCGGGUGCGAUCUGCUUGGACAUCCUCCAGGACAAGUGGUCUGCGGUCUACAGUGUGCAGACUAUACUUCUAUCACUGCAGUCCCUUCUCGGAGAACCGAACAACGCUUCUCCCUUGAACGUUGACGCGGCUAAUCAGUGGUCUACACCAGACGCGUUCAAAACACAGCUCAUGAAGCAUUACCGGCCGCUGAAAGAUGCUGCUUGAGAGGCGUUGUAGCUGUGAUUAUUUUGUGUGCUUUUAGUAUUUGUGAUACAAAUACAGUGUCUGCUGUCGGUUUGCUGUCGGUCCCACCCUUCGUUCGUUGCGAUGGCCACAAUGCAUUAUUUCGACAGCCGAUCUGUUGCCUGAUAUUUGUCGGAAUCGGACGUUCUUCCCUAACC